UAAAUCUCUCCAUCUCUACCUUUAAUAUUUACUGCUUCUACUCUUUAGUGACAGAACACUUUCCAUAAAUACAUUGCUCAUCAGGUGUUUACAAGAAUGCCUAAUACGGAACGAAACUCGAGCUUUAAUAGCUGCGAGCCUUGCAGAUCAUUCGGUCAGAAAUGCAGUCACUUGGUGAAGAAGCAACGAGCCAAAUUCUACAUUCUCCGCCGAUGCAUCGCCAUGCUUAUUUGCUGGCAUGAGCGUGAACGUGGAGACCCUUAACUCAUCAUCUUCAUUACAUCAUUUCCAUUAUUAUAAUUUUGAUUCUGUAUCUAUUUUGCAUGAGACUGUAAUUAAUAUAUUAGAUAUUCAAUUCUUAUAAGCUUUCUUUUCAUUUUUUUUAUCGAAUAAAAAUGAUUUUAGAUCUA